AUGAUAUCCCUCUCCAUCAAUGACAUGUGCCAGCGUCGACGACGAAAGCGCUCAACUUCGCCGCCGUCCAAGAGUACGUCGACGACCAGCACAGCGAGUUUCAGUAGUAUUAUCUCAGAAGAACCACAAGAUACGCAAGAGUAUCGACGAACGGUGAGCUUUGACAAGCUAGAAAUAUACGGAUUCCCCAAGGUUUUAGGAGACAAUCCAUGUGCCCAUGGUGCAGCGGUGCAGCUAGACCAACGGCCGGAUUAUCGUGUGGUUCUGAGCAUUGAUGAGUUCGAGCGCUACCGGCUGCCACGCCGUGAUUGUGAAACCCUUCGGUUGAGCUCUGCGGAACGAGAAAACUACCUACUUGGCACAGGAUACGGUUACAAUGAAGUCGUCAACGCGGCAACGAAGAAUGCAGAACUUAGGCAAGAACGCUGGGAUACUUUUCAUAUGCGGCACUGGGAACCAUUUUACCUCUUCCUGGAGUAUCUGUACGAGGAUAUGAGACAUGCUUACACAUGGGCAAACGAAAUGGGGGUUUGGAGCAGGCCUAGGGAACAUAAUAUUUUCAAUGUAUGCCAUAACCCAUACCCGAUCCCAUAG